CGCCGCGGAAAGUUCACCGGACAAUUAGCGACCAAGGAAGCACAGCCCGCGAUGUAAGUACAGUUGCCAAAAAGCCGACCAGAUCUGAGGCCGCUAGACGGGAAACCCGCCGCACCACGCCGGCCGCGAUCGCUUAAUUGAUAGAGACGUUCGGGUGAUUUUGAGUUGGAUGUGUGGUGGAAAAUUGUGAGGUGGUGUUGUGGACAGGGGGAUCAAGGCUGUAGUGCUUCAAGUGAAAGACAACAAACAACACAAUGGAUGCUUGGGGAACUUUGGAUAUAGGAGCUGCCACGUUUGUGAGAGAUGAGCUAGGAAGCAGUAUCAGAAGAACGAAGAAAUUGACAAUCGAAAAGCUGCCAGAUAAGGUCCUGCUUCACAUCUUCAGCUAUCUGAGUCACAAAGAGAUAUGUCGCAUGGCAAGGGUUUGCAAAAGAUGGCGGAUCAUUGCAUACGAUACCAGGCUCUGGAAGAAUGUCUCACUAAGGCCUGAAAUCUCUGGGUUACAUGUUGGUUCUUUGGAGUCGCUGCUGGCUCUUAUCAGCGUGAGGUUUGGACCUUCUUUGAGGUACAUCGAACUGCCUAUCGAGUUGAUUACCCAUACUGUUCUUCACGAACUUGCAAACAAAUGUCCAAAUCUAACACACAUGCUCCUUGACUUCUCCACAGCUAUGCAGUUGCAUGACUUUAGCGAGUUGCAGGCCUUCCCGACAAAGCUGAAGUACCUCUGCAUAUGCCUCUCAGAAGUAAUCUUUAUGGAGGGUUUCAUGCGGAAAAUUUACAAUUUCAUCAACGGCUUGGAAAUCCUCCAUCUCAUUGGUACAUACGAGAAAGUGGAGGAAGAAGAGGAAGAGGUAUACGAAGUUGUCAAUGUACAUAAACUAAAGUCAGCUACUCCCAACUUGAGGGUAAUCAAUUUAUAUGGCAUCAACUUCGUUGACGACAGCCAUAUUGACGCUUUUAGUUCCAAUUGCAUCCAGCUAGAAUGCCUGGCAGUGAACUAUUGUUCUAAAGUUGUAGGAUCCACAAUGAAAACAUUAUUACAGAGAAGCAGAAGACUAAAAUGUUUGUUGAUGAAUGGCACAAGCUUACAGAGUGAAUAUUUGUUGCAAGUAGAAUGGGAAAAGUGUUCCCUCCAAGAACUGGAUGUGACCGCCACGGACUUAUCUACAGAAUGCUUGGUGGACAUGCUGUCAAGGCUUCCAGGAUUGAGGUUUUUAAGUGCAGGUCAAAUUAAUGGUUUUAACGAUUCGGUGCUGAAGGCAUGGAUGGAAUCUGGCAACCCAAGGAAUUUGGUGGCUCUAGAUCUUGAUAGUUCCGACAACCUCUCAGAGGAAGCGAUCUACAAGUUUCUGUGUAAACAUGGACAUCAACUUUGGGGUUUGGGUCUAUCUGGGAUGACCCACAUUACGGAUUCCCUGUGGCAGACGGUGUUGCCAAUUUUGAAUAAUGCCAAAAUUCUGAUCCUGGGAACACAAGAACGUUUGGGAGUCAACAUUCUAGUUGAUCAGUUGAUGGACAGUAUCGCCAAAAACUGUCCAAAUGUGGAACGCCUUGAGCUGCGAUGGGAUCCUGACAAUUUAAGGUUCUCGGAUAAGAGUCAGAAAGCCAUUGAUACUAUCAGAGUAAAGUGUCUUAAAUUGAAAUGUCUGUGUUUAAGGUGGAAACCGUGCGUCGCACUGGAAAAAAUUCAGGAGAUCAAAUCUGCUCAUAAAUGAAUAGUUUUUUAUUUUAAGAAAACUCUGUGUCUUCAAAGUUAAAACGUUUUCUUCUUAAGUGAUGGAAGAUACUAUGAAGUAACCAAAGCCAAUUUCGAGCGUGCAGAUCGGAUGACGGUGGUUAGAACUCUGACAAAUUGUAGAGUUAGCAACUACUACCUAUUGUCAAAUUACAAAGACCUUAUAUUUAAUUGAAAUAAAACAGUACUUCAACAUAGGAUACGUUUUAUUGUAUUCUAUACCACCAACAUCUAUACAGAUAAGUGCUAUAUAGAAUACACAUUAAAUUUAUUGAAUGAAAAACAAAUAACAUAUACACUUAACAUUUAU